AUGGCUGUUCGCCCAUUGUCACAAUGCCUUCGCGCUCGCUGUAUUCGUCGCAGCCCCCAGAGCAUUCAGGGCUUUUCUACGCGAAGCAAUCUCCGCGCCGCCGACCACGGUGAUCACUACGACCCUCCGACAGGGUAUCUCUUCGGUGUUAAGCCCGGCCAGAAGUACGUGAAGGAGGGCUGGGAGAACAUUUGGUACUAUGGAUUUGUCGGCAGUCUACUCGUUGCCGGAGUUGCAUAUGUCUUCAAGCCUGACACCUCGAUACAAACAUGGGCGCUGGAGGAGGCCCGACGGAGACUGGAAGCUGAGGGCAUCCUUGAGGACCCGCAGCGGAAGUGA